GUGUGUGUGUGUGUGUGACAUGGUCUGCAUGUCUGAUUGUCAACGGCAAGGCUUCUCAGUCCGCUGGUCUGCCAGGAAUUGUAGGCCUUGUCGACGCAGGACGAAAGAGGACCACAACGAGCUUCUGUCACAAAAAUGGAGAGAUACAUCUCUCAGAGAGUUAUGGAUACCAUGAGAGAAAAUACCACUACACAGAUGCAUAGUCAUUUGACGCUAACCGGACACAGAAAGAGGUUAAAACUUCUGAACAACUUUACACUCGUCACCAUGCUUAAAGAGAACCGGCCAGAAAAGCUGAUAUAACAGCCACUCCAGUGGUACCAGUUACUGGUUGACGAUUGAAGGCAGAAAAGGCAGAGCUCGCCGAUGAUGGUGUAGACACAAACUCAGACGAAUGCUAUGCCUUUUGGGGCGUUGUUGCAGAUGUGGGAUGGGCGGCGCAUCCCACAACGACGUGUUGGUCUUCAGUCGAGAAAUCGGUCUUCGGGAUAGCUAGCGUAACACGGAAUUUUUUUUCUAUGCUCGUCCACCAGUUACUGUGAAACUUGUCCAGAAUAUCUAAAUAGUUAUUUGCGCAGUCGUCCAACCUAGCUGUGUCGGGUGCACAGUACUGAGUUGUGUAGUCUGUAGGCUGCAUCGAUCCGUCUUUACCACAGUCAACGGUGAGAGUGUUCUUCUCUUCUGACAUCUCGACCUCCACGGCCUUCUCGUUGCUAGCCUGACCGUAUGCGCAGCUGACAACAUUUUUGUCGUCAGCAGAGGAUGGUCUGGCAUUCACGUUCACUGUCACUUUGCAAGACUUGUUAGACGCCGGAGCAACGGUUUGGCAUCCGACAAAGAAUGUUUUGUCUGUUAGAGGAAGAUCCGUUUCCUUUAGCUGGAGCGUCCACUCUUCGUGGUCCUUCUCGUCUCUGUUUAUUUGGGUCCAUCCGAGCUCUCGACCAUCUCAGAAUAUUUUGCCAGCGUCACGAAUUGUCCAGGACCUCAUUCCCGAUCUUGCAAUCGCCUGCACGCGAAGCCGGCGGUCUUGUAGUCUGUCCGUCGCAGACAGCGGUCAAACUUGCCAGCAUAGCCGUGUUGUUGCCCUGCUCCUUGUUCUAACUAUUGACACACGCCAAAGUAGCUGUGAGGGAACUCUGCGACAAAGACAGUGUCGCAGUAGAUGGCGUGACAUUGUCGUCUUCGGCAGCUGUACAAAUGGCAACUCCGGCCGAGGUGUCCGUUUGGCUCUGGGCGCUCUCCGCAUUUGACACCCAGUUCCCACGCAGGGCCUCCUCAUUUGCCCCAUUCGCAAAGGCUUUCUGGUCUAAAAGCAGCAGAACUCCACCCAAGGAAACUGCCAUAAACUUCCGGGCCUUGGACCUACACCCGCCAUAACUAUGCUGCAUCUGCCCGUUCGUGUCACUGCGUAGGCUUGAAUGAAAAACCGAAUCAAUAUCGUGAGAAUAUCCAGCAUGUGAAAGCAGUACGACUUAAAACUAACAUUACAGUACCUGAAGUUCCAAAAAAUAAACAUCAAGAGUGACUGGUGUGCCUGCUUGGCGGGCUGAUCAACAAAAGGAAAUCCAGAAGCCUCGACAGCAGAUCUACUCGGGCUGGCGUGGCACGGCCGCAUGCUCUUCUCGGCGGUCCCCGGCGCUGCCAAAAUUACCAGUGAAUCCGGGACACUUAUGGACAAAACUUUGUGUUGUCACUCAAAAAGAUGAGGAUACACCAAAACAGAUGAUAAAGAAUUCUUCAUCCACGCGAAAUCUCGCACCAUGGUUGGAGUUUUGCUCUUGGUGUGACACGUGUGAGGCCACGCGCUGGCUACGUUCUGUUACUGAGUCGAAAAUCCUCCCGGCAAAGAGACGAACUUCGUCGUGAGCUGAGCAACCAAGGCAGUUGUAAGAGAAAAUGAUAGAAGAACUGUUCAGCGACGUUUUAGCGUGAUUUAGUGAGCUUCUGAGUGAUGCGAACUCCUUAACCGUAACUCUGUAACAAACAGGCGGGCUUCUAUUUGUCAUCUAGACGAGCUCUGUCGAAGUAUCUCUGCACUUUAUCCCGUACUAAGAAACACUUUUAGUGUCUAGCGCCGUUUCUGGUUCUCAUUUGCUUUUCGGGACAGGCUUGAAUCCACGCGUCUCCGAGUUUGCAGCCUGGCACGCCCAGCAGCUGGACUCUCGACCCGACUCGCCAGCUGCCAGUAUGCGUCACACGGUCUGUACUUAUACCGGGAGUAGACAGCACUCCAGCGGUUCACUCAUGUACUGCGGCAACCAGAGUUUUAGGUUUUCACUUUUUGAAGAAUCCGAAAAUAAACGUCUGGAACUUCCAGAGAGAGUUCUGCGGCGACCGAGAGGAAACAGGACACGCUGCGAGUUGCCGACUGUUGGCGGCGGCCGGACGGAGGGUUCUGUUUUUCGCAGGGGUUGCAUGCAUCUUGGUACGCGAUUCUUGCGAGACGGUUAUUCUAUAAUCAGUUCUCUGCAGAAACGUCUCACCCUUUCUCCGCGUGGAAAAGUGAUUUCAGCGUCUCGUGGCGACGGGUUGCGUCCGCAGAUUUUGACCGCCGUCUUUUUCUGUGGUACGAACCGGAUUUUUGUAUCUUGAGCGCCCCGUUUCCCCAUCCAUUAAAUGGCCUGGCUCUGGGGAACGUGGCAGUCUGAUCAGCGCAUCUUCUCCCCCUUUCGGGACCAGGAUGGCAGAGCCCUCGAGCGAGGACGCUUCGGCCUCCCCCGAGUCGCAUCUUCCGUCUUCGUCUGAACUCCACGUAGGUCUCGAACAAAAUGACGUUUCUCACCUCCCCGCUGAUCCCCCGGCAGAGUCUGAGGCCAGGCCUUCAGCGGACGUUCCGUCCGCUGCUGUCGGCGGCGCACCUCCGCUCUCGACUUCCUCCUCCUUCGAGUCUUCGGCUUCCUCGCUUCCUGGCGCCUUUCUGAGUCGAUCUGUCUCGUCUGAUUUGUACGAUGCAUCUUUCACCGUGGAGGAGGAGGACGACGACCUCCUCCGCAAAAUGCAUUUUGCGCUGCAAGACGAUGAGGACUCCGCCUCGACGGAGAACGCCGCAACGUGCGUCUCCUCCUCUAUGGGGCUUCUCAUGGACCCGAGUCUAGGCGGUCCGUCUUCCUUGUCAGGCGCCAGUUCGUCGGUUUCCACGGAGUUUUUCACCGCUUCUUUCGCCUCCAGUAGUUCUUCAGUCGCCGUCUCCGGUCUCGCCCCCUCUGCGCCAUCCUCCUCGCCACCCUUGUCUUCUCAGCGCCAGUCGCCUCGUGACGGAAAUGCUUUCCCCCUCGACGGGAGCGAGGAAGGCGCCAGUCCCUCCGACUCCGGCACCCAGGCAGGCAGCUCCCCCGCUGCACCUGCACCCAACUCCUCUGGCGGUACCACACCGCUGGGUGGCGGCCUGCGCGCGGGCCGCUCUAUUGGGUCUGCAUUUGCAGAAGACUCUUCUGUUUCAACUGCUGCGCCGGGUGGCGGACCGCGGCUGGACCGCCUCGGCUUUGCAGGUUCUGGAGAUCCUUUGUUUCCUUCGCUUCCCGCGGCGAGCUCGCCACCGACGCAGAAGGACGCAGAGCGGACAGAGAACAUCGUCGGCAUGGGCCUCGCAGCUCUGCACAAGGCGCUGGCGAAGAAGGCGCAAGAGGCAGCAGCCAAGGCUCGCGAAGAAGGCAGCGAGACUGGAGUCUCUGCUCUUCCGACCCGCAACGAGGAUUUUAAGAUCGCCCCCCUUUCUGCCUGUUUCCUCAAAACCGAAGACAACCAGCCAAACGUAAACGAGGCCCACUCAGAGUCAGUCAAUUCCGCGACAGACACGAAGGCGAAGGUGCCAGCAGACGCGGCGGAGGAACCUGAGACGUCCGCGAAAGGGGAUGCGCGCAGAGAGAGAGAAGAGACGAUGACGGCGGAAGCACACACGGAAAACGAGAAAUUCGUAACAGAGGAGACGCGAGAACGCGCAGGAAAAGAGGGACGAGAAGGCAUUCCAGCAGACACUUUGAAAGAAGAACAAACCACCGCUACAUCUGCGUCUUCUCCUCCAGUUGAUAGUGUGAAGGAGGAGAGGACUGAGGCGGAGAGCCACGACCCCACCUCUUUGGAAAUCUCCAAAGCGCUACGUCAGGGUAAAUCCGAUUCAGGUGACGAUGGAGACUUGUCUCUUUCGAAAGACGUUUCUUUGUCUGUUGCGCCUUCCUUUGGUCUUUCUGCAUCACUUGAAACUGGAGACAGCGACCGAGAGGCCCCGGUGUCUCCGAGCGCCAGUGCCCCCCAGUCGCCGCCCCCUCUCCCUUCUUCUCCGUCGGUCUCGCCUUCCUCGACUCCUGAGAAGCAAGAGGAGAUGUCUGCUUCCGGAGAGUGUUCGCUUGUCACGGAUCCGCAGCUCUUUCGUCUCCUUCGCGCGCUGGAGCAAGCGGGUGGGGAGGUCGAGGAAAAAAUGAUGGCAGAGGAGAAACAUUUUGCGGACACAGCCGCGAUGUUACUUCGCGAGUUGGACAUGGAAGCCGAGGCCGCGGUCGGUCUCUCGGCCGGGGUCUUCUCCGGGGAGCGAAGCGGUGAAGGGGGGCCACCGCAUUCCAGAGAGGACGGCGAGGAAGACUCGGAGGAAGAGGAAGUCGGCAAGAAGGUGGAAGGAGAAGAGGACAGAGAAGAGGAGAUAGAGAACUGGGAAGACAAAGAGAAGGGGCACCCGCCGAGAGAAAAGACAGCUGGCUCUUUGGACAUGCGUGACCUGGGUAAAAGCGCGCAUCUCUUUCCAUCUUUUUGCGGAACGAGCCUGUCUUCGUUCUUGCCUCUGCGAGCUAACCGGCACAGGAAACAAAAGUCAAAACACUGUCUUUCGAGGACUCCUGCGUAUGCUUCUCUGCUGCGCAGAAAACGCCUCGAGAGGAAGAUUAAGAGUGUGCGAGAAACUCUUCUCGCGGCGGUCGGCGCGGCGGAAGAGGACAUUGGGAUACUGGAGAAGGAAUUUCAGAAUGUCGCGGAGUGUGAGAUUUCUCCAUUUCCCUCUGCGAACGAGAUCGGUCUGCCCCCCUACUGCUUCGCCCCCGCCUUCGAGGGCCUUCCGAGUGUCGGGGGCUCGCGGGGUCUCUUCGCGCUUCCCCCAGGAGUCUGCAGGCCGGACCGCGGAGACAGCGCGUGGUUGCCGCCCUCGGCCUGGCCUGCUGCUUUCAACAACCUCCCUUUGACUUCCGUUGUCUCCGAAAGUAUUGUCUCUUCUCUGCCUUCUUCGCCUCUCGCCUCCACCUCGGGGGGCGGACUCCUCGGCGCGGAUGAAGACCAGGGCGACGCCGCAGCGGGAGACACCGGCCCGCAAAGUCACCGACUCGCCCCGAGUGCGGCCUCGCGCUCGCGGGUGGCCUCGCGCCUGUCUCUUUUGCUUCCUUCGAUCACCUCGGACUCGAGCGCCAGGUGCCCCACAGAUUUUGGCUUCGAAGCAUGUCCGAACACACCAGACGGGGCCAGCGCGAGCGGAUUUCUUAGGCCCGCGAGCUCAGCCUUUCCCCGGGGCGGUGGGGAUCAGCGGAACGCGCCAGGACUGGUUUCGGAGACUCUGCAGGAGGCGACUCGCACCGUCACGGGGGACGGAUCCGAGGCGGGAGGGGGGUGCCAUGGGGCCCUGGCCCAAGAUCCAUCUGGCGAGGGGACAGACACGAACGAUGAAGAAUGUGACGACAUCCGCCUGAGUGUCGGGGAUGAAGGGAGUUCAUGUUCUCUGUCUUCGGCUUCCUUGGCGGUUCCCGGGGAAGGCGUUUCGGACUCUAGAAAACCAAAGCGCUCGAGGUCGCUCGAGGUCCUUCCGGGGGCGUCACGCCCCGAGGCCCCGGGCGACUCGUCGCCAUCUCUCGCCCCAGGCGAGACUGACUCCGAGGAGACACUUUGUCUCCUCCCAGGCUCCGCCUUGGAGGCCCAGGAUUCUGGUGAAGACCUCCGAGGCGCCUUGGCGCAGCCGCACUCGCCGAGUGCGGAGAGCCGAUCCGAGGAGGCCCUGACCGUCGCGGCGCUCCUCGGAGGGUACCCUUCUGGCGGACCAGCUGGCUCCGGGGCUCCGCAUGGUUUUGCGGCCGUCUCUGCGGCGUUCAACUCCUGCGGAAACGACUCAUUGCUUAGCGGCGGUUUUGAGGCCCAGGGCGAGGCCGCGAGCGAAAGGGGCGACGGUUUCCUCCUGAGUGCAUGCAGCAGCGCGGGACGCUCUGGAGCCCUGGCGAAGGGCAAGGGCCUCGCGACGGGGCCGCGGGCCGCGGGGGGCGGUAAGAAGCGUGGCGGGCGCGCGGCGACGGCGCGGGCAGGGGCAGAUUGGGUGGAGGCGGACAGAACGGCCAAGCAGCAGCGUCUGCCUCUCGAGUUGUUCUCCCUCGCGACGAAGCACACGCAUGAAGAAGCGUACAUUCGCGCUGCAGCUUCCUUUUGGGAGAAAACGAAAAACUGGGAAGCGUCCAACGCAGGUGGUGACCGUUGUUCUCCGGAGAGGCCUUCUGGAGAAAACACCAGCCACGACGGGUCUGUUAAUAUGGGGUCGUCUCUGUCCUGUUCAGGCGCCUUCUACGCUCCGGUGCCGCCGGCCCUCCCGGCGCUCUUCCUCGCGGCGCAGCAGCUGCAGCCGGCGGUGGGGUCCGACGGGAUCCGGAGAGGUCCGUGGCUGUCGCAUGGCGAGGAUAUUUCUGCGGGGAUUCGGGUGACAAAUCGACGACGGGCGCUUGUUUCGCUUCUCGAGUUUCUCAGAGAAGUCGCGCAAGUCGCCAUUGUUCAAGUACGCGAGCCUCUCAGUCGCCUAGGAGACGGCCCGAGUCUCGCCUCAACCGUCGCCGCUGCGACCGCAGUCGCCGCGAGUGUGGGGGGCGUGUCUCCGCGAGUGGCCGGAGGGGCCGAGAAGAGCCCAGGUGUCUCUGGGGGCGACGACGAGGGCGGGCAGGACUCCCGGGAGUUGGGCGAGGACGGCAAAACCGACAGUGUGUGUGAAGAAGACCGGCGGGGGUCGCGGGGCGCGGUCUCGCAUGCCGACGGGGUCUGGGGCUCCAAAGCCUCUCGGGCGGAUCCUGCGUCCCAGCUGGUGUCCUCCUCGGGGGAGAGGCGAGAGGCUUUCAUCUCUUGCUUUCCCUCGCCUUUUGCAGCUUCUUCUCUGUCGCCUUUCGCCGCGCUGCCGCAGAGCCCCGCGGUCUGGUUCGACCCGCCGGUCCCCGCGACCGUCUGGGGGGGCGAGGUGACGAGCGGCGCCUCGGCAGGCUGGCUGGGCUCCAACUCUGCCUUGGGUGCGUCCGCGCUCUCGGAGCGAGAAGGGACGUUGGGGAAAGGCGAGGGGAGGGCGGGGCCUGUGGGGCAGAAGGCCGGGCCGGUGGGACCUGCUGCGGGCGGCUCCGCUCUCGCCGAGGAGGACGAGGGCGGCCGCAGCGAUGAAGAGAGGCGGUGGGCUUCUCUGCCUGGGUUUGGAGGCGGCAGCGUGGAGCGGGUGGUUUUGUACGUGAGAAGGGACGGUGUGCCUGCGGAAUGGCUGCGCGAAAUGCCCUUUGAGUGCAAGCUGCAGCUCGAGGUCGAAGCGGAAGAAGAGGGAGAAGGGGGAGAGCCGCGGAUACGUCAUGGAGGGGAGGCAGACGUAGAGAAAGAAAGAAGGGAGCAGCGCAAGGACUCGAGUCACGGAGAAAGUGAACAAGGAGACAGACCGGAGACAACGGAGAACAAGACAGAGGGAACGGAGAGAACGGGGGCAAAGGCGCCCUCGCCUCUCUGCUUGUUGGGUUCAGAUGCCGGGAGUGGAGUUUCGAGUGAAGGAAAGGAAGGGAAGGACGAUACCUCAAGCGACAGAGAAGGACGUUUGGCUCCGCGUGAAGCACAGGAAAAGCAGCUUUUGCCAUCUUUGCAGGAUCCGCGAUUUUUCUCUUCUGCGAGUCUCGUCCGAUGCAAACCCCCGUUCCUGCGACCGCCAGUUUCCUCUCCUCCCUUUCCGCCGCAGUGCCGCAUCCCCAAGUGUACUUGCUGUGUCGAAGUUUCAGAGGGGAAAUCUGCUUCCCAAAGGGCCUCUUCCGCUGCUGCGCCUACUGGGCCUCUCACCUCGUCGCCCUCGCUGAGCUGCUCUGACGGCGCCCCCUCCAGACCAAGCAAACGAAAGAGACCAGACGAGGAACGAGGCGCCGAUGCGCGGACCGGAGACCAAGAAAAGCGAAGGAAAAAGAGCGAGGAAGAAGAAAACGAAGAGGAGGAAGAAGGUGGACGAGGAAACAGAAGGGAAAAGGAUGCGUAUUUUGUGAUGGACGAUGCUCUUGCGUUUUUAAGCCGUGUAAGGCGAGGACAGCGCGAGGCUCUUCUCCAAUUUCAGAAGCAAGCAUCCGAGCUUUGCAUGCAGUGUUUCCCAGACGAAGCAACUCCCAGGAGUUGCCGGAGAGAAGAUUCUCUUUCAGUUCGCGAAAGAUCUCCUCCUCUCAAAAAGUUGAGUGACGAACCAAGCGGCACAGCGUCAUCUUCAUCGUCCUCGUCAUCUUCAUCAACUUCAUCGUCUUGUGCUUCUUCUCUGAGACGUUGGUGGGGAUCUUUGAGAGCUUUAGGUUUGCCUGUGUCGGAUGUUGUGCAGGCGAUUUCGAUCGCCGAGAGGGAGGAGCGUUGGGCGAAGACGCCUUCGAGACACUUGCGUCUCUCGGUCGACAGCUUGGUCCGCGAUCGCGGGAAGGAAGAGUUUGUCGAGCUCGCGUUUUUCCUGCCCCACAAGCCGAGCACUGUGGAGCCUUGGCAGGUCGCUCUGGAGCUGUCGGAGGAGGAUUUCGCCGCCGACAGACUCGCGUCGGAAGUGGAUGGUUCCGCGCACCCGCGCCGCUUCAGCCAGGCAGAGGGGGAGAAGGCCGAGGGUGCAGGCGCCGCGCCUGCGACUCCGAGAGCGCCUUUCUUUCUCGCGACGGAGACAGCGAGAGAGGCCGAGGUCGAAACGGAGAGGGACGUGGAGAGUGGAGGCCGCGGGAGUUCGCGGGAGAGGACCGAGGAGGAAAGAGAGAAGGGAGAGGCUGCGUUCGAGGGCGACUCGAGGUCCGAAGGCCCUUCGGGGAAGGGUAUCAGGGGGCGCGCAGGCAGAGGCGGGCGCGGCGGGAAGAACAAGACGACAGGAAAGAGGAAAGAGCGAGAAGAAGAGAGAGAUGACAGAGAAGAGAAAGCGAAGAACAAAACUGGAGCUUCGGAAAGCAAAACCGGAGGUUCAGACAGGUCACCCUCUACUGUCUCCGGGGAAGGCCGUGGCGGUAGGGGGACAGAGACGCCGAGGGAGUUUUCUCUCUUGGCAGUCGUGGAGAACUUCGAGAAAAACUGUUCAAAGCAGGACGGCGACGCGGUGCCCGGACCUGCAGGUAUCCGGCGUGUCUGGCAGGUGUUGGCGCAGAGAAAGGCGAAAAUGCAAAGUCUUUUCCGUCAGCAGAAACGUCUUUGUCGAGCUCUCUUUAAGUCUUGGCGCAGAACGCGCUUGGCGGCGGAGCGGCUGCGGAUUUCGGAAGGAGACGCUUUCGCCUGGGGGGUGCUGCCCGUCCGGGCGCUCGACCAUCCCGAGCAGCUCGUGUCUCUUCCCGCCGGUUUUCGCACCGGGAGUCGCUGGGCGCCGUACCAGAGCGGCUGCGAGCUGGCAGAAGCGGCUACUGAGGAAGAGAAGAGAACUGCAGGCGAGGGAUCGCGACGCAGCGCGCGAGGGCAGGAGUGUGCGACCUCCGUCACUACUUCAGGCUCCGGCUCCGGCGCGGCGGGCGGCACAGAUCGACAGCGAGCGAAGGAGGAGGCGGCGAGUCGCGAGUCGAAGCGCGAGUGGAUGCAGGCGAACUACGCGAAUUUGACAGGGCCGGGAGUCUUUUGGCGCGACUCGUGUCUCUUCUCUCUGGGGCAGAGCGCGCGACAGCGACUCGACCGACGCUCCGAGCAAGGCCCGGGCGUCUAUCCCCUCGACCUCAUCGAGAAAGACCUCGACUUUGCGAUUCUGGACAUCGAGCGAGCUGUCUCCUUCCACGAUCGAUCCUCUCUGCUGAAGGAUGUAGCGCAGGUGGAACUGGAGAAGAAAACCGCGACGGUCUGGGCAGAGGCGGAGGCGCGAACGUUCGUAGAGAAAUUUCUCAUGUACCCGAAGAACUUUGAAAAAAUUGCUUCUUAUCUCGACGGAAAAAACACCAAAGACUGUGUGGAUUUUUACUAUCGUUUCAAGUAUCAAUUUGGGUUAAAGCGACGCCUGCAAGAACUCGAAGACACUGCACGGAGCAAGAAGAAGAACCGCCUUCUCGGAUCUAAGCAGCUUCGUCGAGAGGAACUUGUUGCAGAGGCCAUGGCUCGGCUCGAGUCAGAGUGCUCCACCGCGCAAAUGCGGAGUUUCAACGCGCAGAAUGCGCUGCCCUUCGACGUGUUUAGCGGCUAUCUCCUUCACCAGCGAUCAAUCUGGAACGUUCUCAAGGAUCCUGUGGGAACUCGUCCGGCGGAUGAGGCGCCUGACUCGGACGUGGAAGUGGACGCUCGCGGGCAGCCCGCGCGCGAAUUGUUUUUGGAGAAUUUGCGGGAGGGGUACUUUUUUCCUUCUACUUUUUCGGGAUUUGUGCCUCCCGGCCGAGUCGCCAACGUCCCCGCGUGGUUUUCGCCUCCGCUGCAUGCGCCGCCGAAAGGUUCUCGGGGCUUCCCGCCUCGCUCAGCGCAGCCUGCGGCGUCGCCAAGUCAGACGGUGCCUCUUGCAUGCGUUCCUGGGUGUUUCUUCAUCGAAAGGCAUCCAGAGCGCCUCCCCACACGGCCGCCUGCGUCGGUCGAGACCCGGGCAGCCGUCCCCCCGACCUCGCAGGCGAACUCGCGCACCCUGCCCUCACAGUCUCCUUCACACGCCGCUUCAUACCUGCCCGCGCCGAGCUUCUCGUACCGACAGCUGAACACCGUUCUGACAUGCUUGCAGGCGGCGGCGCAGCGCGGUCGCGGAAGCGACGAAGAUGGACCGUCGUACAUGACGCGGUCGCGGUCAGGUCGAAACAACUCGAAUUCGAGGGGCAGUGCAUGCGGCCAGAAGGCCUCCCAGACGUCUGUUCCGGGCAGCGGACAAGACCGCGCAGGGUGGCAGAGUCCGAGAGCGCGCGCGCUCGACGCGCUGCUGCUGCGUCUCCGAGGCGUCUUGCGGGGGAAGCAAACGGGACUGUGGAAUUCCCAGAGAAGGCGGCAAGGCCACAGCGAGAAAGCUGCUGGGGUCGCGGCCGUCUCCGGAGAGAAAGCCGGAAUGGAAAACCGCAAAUCCAAACUCGGAACUGGCCUCGGAGGCACACUGGCGGGAGGAGUCGGAACAGAAGGUGAGAAAGGAGAGUUUUCGGAGAUGUCUGUGAACGGCGAGGGCGUCGUCGACGGAGAGAGGAGAGAGGCGGCGAGUGGCGGGGAAGACGGCGAGGCGACUGGGGCGUCUGUGCCUCGCGGAAGCUCGCAACAUGCGGAGAGCGCUCUCGAGAGGAAAGGAAGCAGAGAGAGGUUUCCUGCGAGCGAUGCGAAACGCUUCAAGAGCGAGGAGAGUGCAGAGAAUCUCGAAGACCGCGAGCGCAAACGCCUUCUCGCCCUGCAGAGCGGCCAGGCAGCCGCGCUACUGGGUGCGACCGGAGAGGGCACUCAGACAGAAGAGAGCGAGAGUCUCGCGUCUGGGGUGUCUGCACAAAGCGCGGGCGAAGGCGAGGACCGGAAGAAAGACCUGCCCUCGCCUCCCGCGAGUCAGGAGAAGAAGCCGAACAUGCCUCAGACAGGCAAGUCCCCUGUGCCGAACAGUCCUGCCUCCUUUUUAUGUAUGACGGCGAAGCAGAAAGAGGUUCUUCUCGGCAUGCUGGACUCGCGGACUUCUCUCUCCUCGCCGCUGCUGCCGCUGCUCUCUGGAGCGCCGGGGGCGGACCUCAAAAGCCGCAACGCGCCCCUCAUGCUCCCCUCCUCCGCGGCGGGCGUCUCUCUGCCUGGCUCCGCUGCGCUGCUGCGCUCCUCUCUCCUCGCGUCCUCGCCUCUCUCUCCUCUCUUAUCCCUCGCCUCGUUAGGCCAGACAGGCACAGCGGGUGCAGGAGCUGAGGGGAAGGCCGGUGCGGUAUUGGGGUGUCAGCGAACGCCCAAGCUGUCUGGAGUGCGUCCCCAGGGUCUGUUGGAGACUCUUUCUGCGUCGCUGUCGCGGUCCGUCUCGGGCGUCUCUGCUCUCUCCACGCCGGCUUCUUCUCCUCCUUGCUCGUCUCCGACGCCGCGCGCCGGUUUCGCCUCGUUGCCAGGUUCGCAGGCAGGUCCGGAUCCUUCUCUCUCUCUACUGGCUUCGCUGUCUGCCUCGCCGUCUUCAGGUUCUUCACCCGCGCUCCUCCCUGCUCUCUCCUCGCAGACUCCACCGCUGUUUCCUCUCGCCGCACAUGCGGACUCGGCUGCAUCUCCGCUCUCAGCUGCUCUCGCUUUCUCCAAGAACUUGCCUUCUUCCUCGGCUUCGUCCUCGUCUUCUGCCUCUUCUUCUACCGCGUCUUCCUCUUCUUCCUCGUCUGCGUCCUCGUCUUCUGUGGCAUCUGGCGAGUCGACGGAGACAGGUGUCUCUUCGGCGAAACCUGCGGGGUCUCCGCUGUCGGUACCGCUGGGUGUGCCUGGCGGGCGCGGCCUCAAUUGGUCUUCGUCGCAUGCAGAGAUGCUGAGGAGCCUGGCGGCUGCCUCAGCGUCAGGCCUCGUUCUGGAGGGGAAGCCGAGUCCAGAGUGCCUCGCGACACUGGCGAAACUCGCGUCACAGUCCGAGAAAUCAGACAAGAAGGAGGAAGAGACGGGAGGCGGCGUCUCUGGCAUGUCGAGUUCCGGGAUGACUCCGAGUUCGAGUUCGACUCCCAGUCACUCUCAGAUGUCGGAGACGACUGGAGGCAACGCGGCAACUGCUUCGGUGAAGGGAAGUCCUCAGUCUUCUGCUUCGUCUGUCUCCAUGCUUCCUUCGUCGGCUCUCGGACUGCUCGUUCAGGCGGCUGCAGCGGCGCGGGCGGCUGCGGCGGCGAAGGCCGCGCUAACUCAGCAAAAACCACUGCCUUCUUCGGUGCUUGCCUCUCCCGCGCUGCUGCCCUCCCACCCCACACCUGUCUCUUCGCGGAGUCUCCUCACGGGCCUAGUGUCUCCGCCGCUGGUCACGUCGCCUGUUCUCUCGCCCCUUCCUGUUUCGCUGUCUGCUCUCGGGGCGCUGGCUGCAGGUGCGGCAGUCCGAAAGGAAGCGAAGGAUGAGAAGCCGGGCGAUGCUGCAGAAGUCUCCUCCACCUUCUCCUCGCCGUUUCUCCCGCCGGCGAAUGCCCUCCUCAAGCCGCCAGACAGUUCCUCUCUCCCUCCGAGUGCGUCGCUCCGAGCAACGCCCAAUCGGCCUGCCGGACCCACUCGAAACGCAUCCCCCUCUGGACGGACUCCUUCUCUUUCUCCUCUCCCUCCUUCUCUCCCGUCUUCCCUCUCUUCUCUUUCUUCUCUCUCUUCUUCUCUUCUCUCCAACGUCGCUGCUUCUUCUCCCGGAGGCGCGCCUUGCUCGGUGUCUCCUCUCGGAUCCCGCUCUCCGGAACUGCCCGCUGCCUCGCCUUUCCAGCCCCCGCCACUCUCUUCUCUCGCCGCCUCGGUCUCUUCUGUCUCCCCUGUCUCCGCAAAUCCGCAGGCGCUUCUCGCUGCAUGCACCGCGGCGGUCGCCGCCGGAAAGCUGCCCAUGGCGUUGGCAGCUGCGGCGCAAGCAGCCGCUUCGAAGAAGGCGGCGCAAGUGCCGACUGCGGGGGGGAUUUGUGGGAGCGCUGGAGCGGGGAAGACAGGUCUUGUGCUUCCCCCGGCUGCGAGUCAAACGGCGAGCCACGGGGCGAAGAUCCAAGAAAGUUCUUUCCUUUGCGCGCCUUCGAGGCCUGUGAAUCCUCCUGGAAAUCCAGCAGAGUCGACAGACCGAUCAAACUGUCGAGCCGCGCAGGGGCGGGGGGACCCUGCAGUGGAGACCGCGCAUCCAGCAGAGUGUUCAGAGAGAGAAGCGGGAUCGAGAGAUGUCGGUGCGAGGGAAAUAGGUUCCAGCGAACUGGGUUCGGGAGCCAGCGAUGCGGCUAAGUUCCUUGCUCCUGCAAACGAGGACAGAGUGGAAAACGCGGAAGACAACGACCCCGAAGAAGGCGAGGCUGUGGUUCCCGGUGUCCCUGCAAGACCUGGUGAGUGGGGCGUUCGUACGGAGAGCAGCGGGGGGGCGGCGACUUCUCUCGCGAGAGGAAACGCUGAAGAGCGGCAAGGUGACGGGAGUGAAGAAGCUUCUGAGUCUCUUUGUCGCAUCGAAAUUGCACUGGAGGAGACCAGGACUCUCAAUGCAGAAAGCGAAGGAUGUGGGGAGACGAACGCGGAGUUGUCUUCCCCGUCUGCUGCUCCCUGCGUCCCCGCUUCCGCAUGUGUAGACGGGGCAGUGCAGGCAGAGUCAACAGCGACCGUUGCUGUAGCGACAGGAGAGACAUGCGACACAGAAGAGAGAAAAGAGAGGGAAGGAGAAGGUCAGGGAACUCCGGAGACGGGAGAGACGACAGGCGCAGAAAAGGAGACGAAGGAGACGAAGCCACCUGCGUCGCAAACAGUCGUUGGAGCCGGUGAAGCCUCUUUUGGUCCAGCUUCUUCCACGCGCGCCUCUUCGUCGUUGCUGCCAACUUUCUCCGAAGAAAAGGGAACGGAGCCGACUCUGGUUGCACCUGCAGUUGUCUCUUCGUGCUCUUUUCUUCCCCCAGUGUCACCAGAAUCGUUGGAAGAAGUUCCGGAGACACAGGGACCAUCUGAGAAGCAGGAAGAUACGCUGUGUGUACACCCGACCGACGGACUUCGCGGAGCGAGUGCGGUCUUCCCUGGCGCCGAAGCUACGAAAAACUGUUCUGUCUCCGAGGCUACGCAGUCUGCCGAAGGACCUCCCGUAGGGAGUUCUGCUCCUGUGUGUUCUUCUUCUUCAGAGGGGGUCGCUCCGGAUUCUCAACAAGGAGACGGAUUUGUUUUGCGUGAGACGUCUCAGGAGCUGUCGGCACUCGGCGUUGUCACUUCUGGGAUCGGUUGUUCGCAUGCGGCCCCCGGCUCGUCUCUUGCUGAGGCUAGGCAGACACAAAAAACAGAAGAGAGAGUGGAACUUCCAGAGAAGCCGUCGCGGGAAAGCGCCGCGAAAGUGGAAGAAGUCGACAUGCAGCAUGUCGGGGGAGAAGCAGGAACGAAGACUCUGGAGGAGAGAGAACAGUCGGUGGAGAUUCAGAGCGAAGAGCAGGAGGGGUGCCAGAAAAGGGAUUUGCAUGCGUUGUUGGGAAGUGGAGUAAAUUCUUUUUCCUCGGCAGCCGAUACUGUUUCUUUGUCGCGGUGUGCGUCUUCGGUCGCACGAGAAGCAACCGGGGGAGAGAAAGGAGAGGAGAAAGAUGAAGAAGAGACUUUCGGAGGCAAGGAUCUCUAGAUGUUGUACAGAAAAAAGGGAUCAUAAGGGGCAAGGCGAGGAGACAAAAGACGAAGAAGAAACGAGGAGUUUGACGGGCAUGUCUUUUUUUGUUGAGGUAGCGCUCUCUUCUCCAUGGGUGGUAAGGACUUAACAAGGCGUUGUGUGUGUGUGUGCCUGAUGGUGUGUCUUUUGUGGCGAUUUUGCAACAGUGAAACGGCAGCGAGCGCUUAGAAGCCAUGCACAGAGAAGUGGAAAACAGGCGUUGUUUCGGCGCUUGCUUCGGGAACCUAGUUGAGAAAGUAAUGUUGUGUGGGCGUUGUUGCGUACUCCAAAAGGAAGUUUUCCGGUCACGUUUUUCCGUGUUUGUUGUGUCUGUUAUCGUCGUGUUUUGUCUGAAGAGAAGCUGCGCUUCUGAACGACUCUGUCAAGGAGGGUAUCAUGUUUUUCAAGAAACGGAGGGUUUGAGCCGGCGUGGAAAAAUCAGUCGGCUAUUCCCCAGAGUUUUUCGCUACGAGAAAGCCAGCGCGAACCACAGAGUGCAAGAGAGUUCGGAUUUUGAAAAGAAAAGACGGCUGCGUUCCAUCUCACUCGUCCCACUCAAAGAGCUUUUUUUCGUGGGAACUACCCUGCAUCGAGCUCGUUCCUGGUGGUCACGAUCCCGAGGCAGUCAUCACGUUCUUGAAUCACUUCAAGCGUCGAAAGUCGUUUCAAAAACGUCGCCGGUGACAGCGGUCAAUGCGACGCUCUCACAACUUCUGUCGCCUUGCAAGCGAUGGGAAUCACCGAAAGAACGAGUGCUCUGCCUCGUGUCCUCGACUCUAGAUCAUGCCGAGCGAGAUGGCCUUUAAAGUCAGGCAGCCUUUCACGAAGAAAACGUUUGUGGUUUCCUUCUUUCGAGUCACUCGUGUGGGAUGGAACCAUUUUCACGGAUUCGGCGUUGGGUGUCAGAGUUACGUCGAAAUGUGCCGUGCAGCUCGUUCCAACAUUCGCGGAACUGCAGGAACAGAAGCGCAUCUAAACCCCUAUCUAAGCUCACCACAACAUACAAAGCCACGUACGACUGCUUCAAACUCACGAACAUUAGAGCAAAACGAAGAAAAAACAGCGAAAAAGACCGGGGAGAAGAAAAAGGUUGAGAUGCACUCACGAAGACCGGCCAGAUGGAUAGUAGAGAGUGCCGAGGAGUGAUUCGGCGGUCCUACGGCUGUAAGGGAGGCUGUGGACGAACGCAUAAAGACGGAAGAAAAAACCCUUUCUCCCCGGUUGAAAUGCACAGACUCGCUUUCUAUUGAGGACAGCGCUAGUCACUGCCACACGCUGCAUUUUGCCAUAUCUGUGACGGUGAUAUCGAGCAAGUUCCUGCCGCUGAAAGAGUGGAGCCUUGCGGUAGCAACUGCGGUGCUGUGUGUGUUUGAAAUGCUUUGGGUGACUUUCAGGUAUUAAAGAUGAUCCAGUGGUUUCUCAACACGAUGCACAAGUGGUACAUCCACCCAGAGGCUUUCGAAUUGACGCAGGCUGAUUGGGUUUCCGUCAUCCGCCGUCUAAGGGGUGAGAAAGGUACUGCACAAAAACAUCUAUACGCACCCUCAUUGGAUUACUAUUCAGGGAUGGACAGUUUCUCGGGAUGGAAUCUCCUUUAACGCAACAAGCCACGGGUUGACGAGAAUUUGACCGUUGGAAAUUUAAUCUGCUCGAUCAACAAAAACAGCAUGGGGGCGCUGCGUGGUCAGACACAACCGACUAUCGGUGAAUCAUCCCGCAAUUAUCUGCGUUGUGUGACUGAUACUUAUACGCGUGGAAAGCGAUUACUGGACCGCGACGGAAUGACAACUCUCCAAUGUAACUCGCAUGGGUGCUUUGCAUCUUGAGAGUGAAUUCCACACACUGAGAUUCGUGCACCCGUUCGACGGGACUUCAACAGCUCACAUUCCGAAACAGGAGUGUACGGACGCAUCCACAAAAUAGCUGAAGUGUCGCUGUCGGCAAACACUCUUCUACAUUCACUUGAUCAUCAGAAACAAUUCAUGAAUCGUUUGGGAACAACGAAGCCAGCGUAGCAGCCCCUCAAACGUAAGCCACACUAAGCACUAUAUCAAGGUCGAGUCGCAGAGACUCACCAAGGUCUUCAUCCCUGCUGCUUGAAGGCACUUAUGAGGUGUACACCAAAAGGGUUUAGCUGCAUACUGUGUGCAAAAACUUUGAACGAGGAUUCGUUUCUUAGAAGCACGUUCAGAAGCGGUAGUUCUCGUCGCCUCGGAAAACCACUGAGGACGACGAGACAAGGGGGCGGCGCUCCGUUUCGAGGUAGAGUCCGAGUCAAGCAGUUGUUUGUGUUCCUCUACAAUGCAACAACACCUUUACUACUCUUUCCCAAUAUCCAUUUGAAAGUCUGCCUUCGUGCGCACAUUUGGCGGAGUCUCGCAGAUCUUGCAAGACGCGUGGACCCUUGCAUCUCUAUUGAAAAUGUCUUGACUAGCAGAAGUACGCCAAUUGGUUUCGGAUGGAAACGCAUCUGGCAGUGUUAUCGGGCUGAAAUACAAACUCUCCUCCUGGCCAGUCACUACAGGGUUCAAGAGAGAAAGUCUUCAUCCACAUCCCUCUCUUAUCACACCCGGUGCCGUACGCAGAGACGCCGUACGGCGUACGCCGCGGGCUACGUCCCCCGAUACAAAUGGGUAUGUUUUGUGGCCGUACCCGCGUGGAAAUUCAACCGUGCAACAGUCACACCAAUCUCGUCUUUCCACAGUUGAUCCGCACGACUGAAACCUUCUCGACAGAUCGGAAACGCAGUCAUUUUUGCCGUCGCUGUGGUGCUGUCGCAAGUCCUGCGCGAAAACCCACGGCGAUUUCCGUAACGACUCAGGUGUAUAUAUGCACACACCGCGGAGCGAGUUGCGCGCAACUGGUCCACGUCACGGUGCAGGAAAAAGCUCACUUCUUCACUUUUGCCACGAGUGAAAUUUCUG